UUAGUUAAUAGUCGACCGUUCUGCAGUAACCAUGGUCUUCGAGUCGGCGGGAGCAGGCAGGCCGAAGAACUUUUCAUGUAUACUGAUCGUUUUAUUGCUGCUUGCCUUGAAAAUAGUGGUAAACCAAUGCUUCAUUAUACAAGAUGAUGACAGAAAAUGGUACUACCCAAAUCCUACUGUGGCUAGGGGAGCUGUCGUCAGCAAUGGUGGGCCUUGUGCUGCCAUUGGACAGAAAAUUAUGAAGAAAUAUGGCAAUGCUGUGGAUAGCCUAAUUGCAACAAUGAUUUGUGAUGGGCUUGCUUGUCCAUAUGCUAUGGGAGUAGGAGGUGGUUUCAUAGCAACUUUAUAUCUGAAGAAUGAAUCUAAAGUGGUGACAAUUAUUGCUAGGGAGACAGCGCCUGCUGCAUCAACUGCUGAUAUGUUUGUUAAUAACUUCACCUUAGCCCAGAGAGGUGGUCUAGCAGUGGCUGUUCCUGGAGAGAUGAAAGGCUAUUGGGAGCUAUACAAGAAGUAUGGAGGCAAAGCCCCUUGGAAAGAAUUGUUUACUGAUUCCAUUAAAUUGUGUGAGGAGGGUAUCCCAGUAGAUAAAGAUCUUGCUGUUGAAAUAAGGAAAACGAGGGAUGAAAUUUGGAAAACACCUGGGUUAAGAAAGAUGUUAGAAAACGAUAGAGGAGAACUCGCUCAAUAUGGAGAUGUUAUUAAGCUACCGACAUUAGCCAAAACAUUUAAAAUAAUUGCAGAAGAAGGCCCUGAUGCACUUUAUAAAGGUUCUCUUACUGCAGGCUUUGUAAAAGAUAUUCAAGAUAAUGGAGGGAUCAUCACUGAAGAAGAUAUGAACUCAUACCAGGUUCGUUGGGAAGAACCUGUUCAUUUGAAAUUGUCUUCAGGACUCAAUUUUUAUUCUGCUGGACCACCUGCUUCAGGCCAAAUACUCGGUUUCAUAUUGAGAGUGUUAGAUAAUACUUUUAAACCAGAUAUGAGUUUGCUAACUAAAGUCUCUAUAAUUACUGAAACAUUCAAGUAUGCUUAUGCGAUGAGAUCUCAAUUUGGAGAUCCAUACUUUACAAAUAUCAGUCAGAUUCUACAGAAAAUCAAUGAUCAGGUUUUUAUUGAUAAAGUUAAACAGGAAAUAUUAUCAGAUAAAACUAAUAAUGAUCCAGUACACUAUGGGGCCCACUAUUAUGGUAAUGACGACAAUGGAACUGCUAAUAUUGUAGUGAUUGCUCCAAACGGUGAUGCUAUUUCAGCCACAAGUACCAUUAAUACAGAAUUUGGAAGUUGGGUUGUAUCAGAGAGUACUGGCAUAUUACUAAACAAUCAAAUGGAUGAUUUCUCAACACCUGGUUUAGUGAAUAGUUUUGGAGUUCCUCCAUCAGAUACAAAUUUUAUUAAGCCAGGAAAGCGCCCACAAUCAUCAGUUUGUCCAACCAUAUUCCUUGAUAAAAAUGGUGAUGUUCGUUUGGUUGUUGGUGGAGCAGGUGGAACAAAAAUAACAACAGCAGUUGCCUUGACAAUUAUUAGCAACAUUUGGCACCACAAAUCUAUUGUCGAGGCCGUGGAUCUGCCAAGAUUUCACCACCAGCUAAUGCCAAUGGAAUGGUUCUAUGAACCACCAGUGCCAAAGUAUAUUGUAUGGGGUAUGAAGGCUCGUGGCCAUACUGUGAAACUCUGGGACUCAUAUGCUGUAGUGACUGCAAUAUCUAAGAAUGGAGAAAUAUUAAGUGCAGCAUCAGACAGGCGUCGCCCAGGAAACACAUCUUAUUUGUUGCCUCCUUAAUAUUUGUAAAUUAAUCUUGAAUUAGUAAAUAACAAUAAAUUCAAUACAUUUUGUUUAUGAAGAUCAAACAUUGUUACCGAGUAUAAAUGUGUACUCUUGAUGUAUAUAUUUAAUUUGCAAUAACUUGUUAGUGUAAGAAAUGGGAUAUGACAAAUAAAUGUUUUCAUUUUUUUUUAUUAUUUUAUAAA